AUGUCGGAGUCCGCAGUCCUGAAGCUGAUCUGCGCCAAUCAGGGAUCGAUCCGCGUGGCCGAGCUGGAGGCGAACGGCUGCUUCGACGACGUGAGGCGGAUCAUCUCCAACCGGGAGAAGUUUGUGUGCUGCCGGUCCGGCGGGGAGCAGAAGGUGGUGGCCAAGACGGAGCUGCGACUCUGCAAAGCCAAAGUGUGUCAGGGCUGCAACAACCUGCAUCUGUGCAGAAAGUUCCUGCUGGGAUCCUGCCCGUUCAGCCAGAGCAGCGGAUGCCAGUUCUCCCAUCAUCUGACGUCUGAUCAUAACAUGAAGAUGCUUGGACAGCACGGGCUGCAGGAUCUGGACAGGACGGAGCUGUGCAUGCUGCUGCUGCAGAACGACAACUUCUUGCUGCCGCCUAUUUGCUUUCAUUACAACAACGGUGGCGGGCCGUUUGGCUGGUGUCAGGACGGCGACAGCUGCACCAAACUCCACAUCUGUGAGAAACACCUGCAGGGAUACUGUCAGUGCCACAGGGCCCAUGACUUCCAUGACCCGCAGCCACUAAAAACCCUGCAGGCUCGAGGUGUUCCCAGCUGGCUCUUUGGCUUUCUGAAGACGGUUUACAUCAACAAAAGGGUGCUGAGGAGCCAUGACGACGACCUUCAGCAACAUCUACAAACCUUUUCCACUGGUGACACCCGGGCUGCCGCGAACUACCCAGAUGAUGCUGGCAGGGAUGAUGGGCUGAACAGAAGACAAACAAGAGGAGCCAAUAAAAGGUCGGAGGCUGUCAAAGAUAAAACUGAGAUAUGCUUUCACUUUUUGAAUGGAGACUGUAAACAUGGUGAAAAGUGUCCUAGAGCCCACAACAAGCUGCCGUACAGAUGGGAGGUCAGACAGGGACAGCAGUGGACCGCUUUGACCGACAGCGAGGAGAUUGAGAGGGACUACUGCAACCCUAAGAAAACAUACAGUCGUGGCGUUGAGCCUGUAUGUUUUGACACGAUGACCCGUGGAUUGAGGGCAGCACGACGUCUAUCCACUGCUUCCUCUGUUCUGCACCCGGACUUCGUUCUCACCACCAAGUGGCUCUGGUACUGGGAGGACGAGUUUGGAAACUGGAACCAGUAUGCCUCUGCUAAUGAGGACCACAAAGUAGCCAGUAUCAGCAGUGCAGAGCUGGAGCAGAGGUACCUGAAGGAUGACAAGGCCGUGGUGGAGUUCACCGCCGGUUUCCAGAAAUACUCGCUCAGCUUCCAGGACAUGAUACAAACCAAUAAGCAUUACGGCACAAAGCGGCUGGUGAGAAGACGACCUGUGUUUGUCUCCUCGGCCGAUGCAGAAAAAGCCAAAGCGAGAAUGCCAAAUUUGAGAGGAGUACCAUCAUACUGGGACAAGACGCAGAUUCCAGAGACAGGAUACAGGCAAGUCCACCUCCAGAGAUCCUCGGCUGAGUUUAAGGAGAUUGAAGGUCUGUUCUGUAACACGAUGGCCGGCUUUGACAUUCUGCAGAUUGAGAGGAUUCAGAACAAAGCACUCUGGGAAUUCUACGAGUGUCAAAAGAAUUACAUGAAGAAGAACAAUCGUGGCCGGCAUGUGACAGAAAAAAAGCUUUUUCAUGGCACGGACUCAAAACAUGUACACGCCAUCUGCCAUGACAACUUCGACUGGAGAAUCUGCGGGACUCAUGGAACCGUCUUUGGGAAAGGGAGUUACUUUGCCCGGGAUGCCUGGUACUCACACCACUUCACUGGUCAGUCUGAUGUUAAAUCCAUGUUUGUCUCGCGGGUGCUGGUGGGCGACUUCACCCAUGGAUCCUCCAGCUACGUCAGACCUCCAACCAAGGAUGGCAGCACCACUUGCUUCUAUAACAGCUGUGUGGACAAUGUCCGUGACCCUUCCAUCUUUGUUGUGUUUGAGAAGCACCAGAUCUACCCAGAGUAUCUCCUGCAGUAUAAGGAGAAGAUGUCCUAUAUGUACUACAGAGCAGCACUGGCACAAAUGCUGCAACCAGUUGCUGCCCCUGUCACACCAGUUCCUGCUCCAGUCACACCAUUUCCUGCUCCAGUCACACCAGUUCCUGCUCCUGCCAAACCAGGUCAUCUUCCUGUUGCACCAGCUCCCACUCCUGUCACACCAGUAAAUCCUCCUGCACAACCAGUUCCUGCUCCGGUCACACCAGCUCCCAAUCCUGUCACACCAGCUCCUGCUCAUGCCAAACCAGUUCCUGCUCCUGUUGCACCAGUUCCUGUUCCAGUGACACCAGUUCCUCCUCCUGCCAAACCAGCGCCUGCCCCUGUCACACCAGUUCCUGCUCCAGUCACACCAGUAAAUCCUCCUGCCAAACCAGUGCCUGCUCCUGGUGCACCAGUGUCUGCUCCUGUCACACCAGUUCCCACUCCUCGCCAGAUCCUGUUCUAG